AUGAGAGCUGAGAUUUGGUCCCAAGAGAUAAAUAGAGCCGUUUUUCUGUCGAAUACUUCUCAUACACUUAGUGUUGCCAUUGUAUCAGCUGCCACCGUCCAAGAACGUGCCGGCACAGGAAUUGUUGGCAGCUCUACACCCUGUCCAACCACUAUCUUAACCACCGACGGCAAGCUUCCCAACAUCGCCACACAUGGCGCUAGAUGUGGUGGUAUAACUGAUUGGUAUACGCGCACUUCUGAGGGUCUUCAGGUUUACAACUCCCUUCAGAUUACGUGUACCAGUAGGACCGGCAGCUACCUUAUUCCUACCAGCGAGUUCAGUACCAGUGGUGACAUUGAGAAUUAUACUAGUCCUACUACUUUCGCUUUGUCCUAG